AGAAAAAAAAAAUCAAGAACUUUUGGGCUAAGGGAAGCCGGGAGCAAGCAGCUUUCCCUUGGGGAAAGCACGAGCAGUUGGUGCUUGUUUGGGCCAGUCUUGGACCCUCUGACCUCAGCAGCCUUGCACCUAGCGGCUUGGCCCGGGCCUUGCUCUAGGAAGCCAUGGAUUUUCCCGAUUCUCUCCUCAGUCAAUUUCUAUUUCUGGUAGGACUGCGGGUUCUCUGGAAGGGGCAGUGGGGGCGUGGCUAGCUUCCACCUAAGCCAAUAGAGAAGAAGCCCGGGGAACAGGCCCAGCCCCCGCCGUGACGUCUUGACCAGGGACAGAGGCGGCUUCUGAGCCCUACUCCUAGUCCCUGCAGUGGCUGUAACAAAACCCAGACCCCCGGUUCCAGGCUAAUGGAGGCAAUUUAGACUGCAGCAGGACCUCGUCCAUCGUUUGUCAAAAGUCCUAUUCGGCAGCAGAGGUAGAGGCAGGAGGACAGCAAGAACCACUUCCCCGCCCCUCCGUCGAGGAUUUAUUGAGUAUUUGCUUUGAGCAAUUAAGUUGCUCUGAUGAUGUUACCAAGCCCGGUCACUUCCACACCUUUCUCUGUCAAAGACAUUUUGAAUCUGGAGCAGCAGCAACAACAGUACCACGGCGGGCACUUGCAGACGGACUUGGAGCAGCAUUUCCAUUCGGCCUCCUCCUGCAUGUUGGCAGCGGGGGAGGCGGCCCAAUUUUCUGAUGGGGGGGAGGAAGUGGAGGAGGGAGAGAAACUGCCCUAUUUAAACUCAAUAGCCGCAGCCGAGAGCCACGGGGAGACGGGAAUCUGUCCCGAGAGCUAUGUCCACACGGUCCUCCGCGGCUCCUGCGGGCCCAAGGACCAAGAAGAGGAGGCCGACGGGGUCGUGAGGGACAGGAGCCAGAAAAGCUGCCCGCUGAAGAAGCCGCUGGAGGCUGGAGAGUGUAAGGCCGAGGAAAGCGAGAGGCCGAAGCAGCGAAGCCGGAGAAAGCCCAGGGUCCUCUUCUCUCAGGCUCAGGUUUUCGAGCUGGAAAGGAGAUUUAAGCAACAGAGGUAUUUGUCUGCGCCAGAGCGGGAGCAUCUCGCCAGUAGCCUAAAGCUCACAUCUACACAGGUGAAGAUCUGGUUUCAGAACCGGAGGUAUAAGUGUAAGAGGCAGCGUCAGGACAAGUCCUUGGAGAUGGGGACGCACCCACACCCGCCGCCUCCCAGGAGGGUGGCGGUGCCAGUGUUGGUGCGGGACGGGAAGCCCUGCAUCAGUGGGGCGCAGAGUUACAACGCUCCAUAUAGCGUGGGAGCCAGCCCUUACUCCUAUAACGGCUUCCCGAGCUACGGCUACGGGAACUCGGCCGCCGCCGCCGCCGCGGCCGCCGCCUAUAGCGGCAACUACGGCUGCACUUACCCCGGGAGCAGCGGCGCGGCCGCAGCCGCCGCCAUCCCGCCAGCCUGCAACGCGGCAGGAGGCGGCCCCUUUGUGAACGUGAGCAACCUGGGAGGCUUCGGGGGCGCCGCGCAGCCCCUCCAAAGCCUGCACCAGGGCAGCGCAGUGCCCACCUGCGCCCAAGGCACCUUGCAGGGCAUCCGAGCCUGGUAGGGGCAGGCAAGGAGGCUCCGGAGCAGCCUGCAGGGUAUUCUUCAGACUGAAGGGCGGGAAAGACCUGGCCGGGGAAGAUGGACCUGGAAGCGUCCCCUCCCUAAAGAAAUCUCCCCGCCCCAGGGCUCAAAGUGCAGCUGACUCGAGACCGGAAAUAGUGGGGACAGAGAGGACAAGCAGGGCUCCCCAUUUCUACUACAUCAGAUUGUAUUUGGCAUAGAGGAGAAACAAUGGUCUAUACAUAUAUACUUAAGCUAUACUAUGUAACAGCGACUUGUUUGAGGCCAACCGCAGUUAAGCUCAAAGAACAGGCUGGAGGCUGGGCUGCUCUUUCCAGCCUGCAUCCCAGGGCGGGGAGAGAUGGGAUGCACUCCUCACGAAGUGCCAGACCCAAAGGAAUUCUCCUUUUCCCCAGCCUUCCUUCUCCUUGCACGAAGAAUUAGCAUUAGCGAGGAAAGAAAAAAGAAAUGAAGGGGAGAAACUGGCAAUGAGCGACCUGACCCCAUACUCACUCCUCUCACUUUGCUACCUUUCUGAGCUCUCAGCCUAAUCUGGUUUCAGAAAAAGACCUAUCUCCACACCCCCACAAACACAACAGUCCUUUAACAAGCCUUUUAACAAUCCUUUUCCGUAGUGCCCUGCCCCCUCCAUUCUAUAACCCCCAGGCAGAUUUGACGGGCUGGGGCGGGGUGGGGGGGGCGGGUAGGAGUGCAAGAAAGGAGUAAGUCUUAAGAGCAUCCUUGCCCACCUCUCCGGAGGCUGCAAGAGAGUCCUCGGCCUCCCCUCCAGGGCUGCUCCAGGGCAGGCGCCAGCCAGGACUCCUGAGUUUUCCAGUCCAAUUUGCAGAUUAGCAGAGCAGGCUACCAGAUCAAAGGGUUUCGUGGGUUAAACAAUUUGAGUAGCCCGUGGCGCCCUGGAAGGUGUUACUUUGUUUCUUUUCUAUUCCAUAUUCUGUAUCCAGCACAUAUUAUAAAUAUAUAUACCUAUAUACACACCGUGUACACACCAGCUGCCAUACACUACAGGAAUUAAUAAAGAAGGUGCAAUAUUUCCAAAUCCA